GUCUGAUACUCUAGCCAAGAUCUCUGCAAGAUCUCUGUCAGCAUGCUGCUGCAGCGUGUGUGGACAUUCCUGCUGGGACACUAAAAGACUUAAACAGUGGAUUUAAAGACCAAUGAAGUGCAUUUAGAGACAAAAACAAGUGGAUUUAUAGACUGAAAAGUGCAUUUAGAGACUGAAAAGUGGAUUUAUAGACAAAAACAAGUGGAUUUAUAGACUGAAAAGUUCAUUUCGAGCCUACAGAAGCAGAGAGACUUAGAGCAUGCUGCUGCAGCCGGUGUGGAGCUUCCUGCUGGGACACUCGUCCGUCCUGACGUCUCCAGUGUUCCCAGUUAUCUUCUCCCUUGGCGUGUACCUGAGCCUGUGCGCGCCCUACCUGCUGCUGGACGUCCUGUCCGUGCGCUGCGCCUGGCUGCGCCGCUACAAGCUGCAGCCUCACGCUGCGGCCGACUGGGCCUCCCUGCGGCGCUGCGUGGCCCUGACGCUCUACAACCACCUGAUCUACAUCUUCCCGCUCACGCUGCUGCACUGGUACGUGGCGCCGGCCCGGCUCGGGCCCGCGGCGCCGGUGGCGGUGGCCGUAGCGCCCGCGGUGUCCGGCGUGCUGGUGCAGCUGCUCGCCUGUCUGCUGCUCUUCGACUUCCAGAGCUUCGUCUGGCAUCUGCUGCACCACCGCGUGCCCUGGCUAUACAGACACUUCCACAAGGUGCACCACACCUUCCCGUCCCCGUCGGCGCUGACCACCGAGCACUCCUCGGCGUGGGAGACUCUGUCUCUGGGCUUCUUCGCCGCGGUGACCCCCCUGGUCCUGGGCGUGCACCCCCUCUCUGAGCUCUGCUUCUACGUGGUCAACAUGUACCUGUCGGUGGAGGACCACUGCGGCUACGCGCUGCCCUGGGCCACGCACCGCCUGGUCCCGCUCGGCCUGUACGGCGGCGCCAAACACCACGACCUCCACCACCUCAAGUCCACCGUCAACUUCGCUCCGUACUUCACCCACUGGGACCGGCUGGCCGGGACCCUCUGCACCCAGGACUGACCACCGCACGCUGUCUAUCUCGAGGUUCUCUCCGGGUUUAAAGACUGAAACGGGCAUUUAGACUCAAAGGGAUCAGACUGUUCUUAGUUUUUUCACAGUUUCUGAAUGUUCUUCUUUUUUGCCAAGUUUGUGAACUGAAAAGAAAGUUUGUGAAGUGAUGGAGAAGUUAAAAAGAAAGUGGAUUUAGGCCCCCUGCACACUGGCUGCGUGGCGUGAGCGUGUCAGCUGCGUGGCGUGUCCAUUUUUAUUUGGGCUCCCAUGGUAACCGCUUAGAGCGUGCACACUGCCUGCGUGACACGCACGGCUCAGGAAACGUGUGCAUGCUGGAAAUAGGACCGGCGCCUAUUUUCCAGGUUUUUUGUGCAGAGACAUAGAAAACGCCACGCUCACGCCACGCAAGAGAAACUGAACAACGCACACUGUUUAUCUUAAGGUUCUCUCCAGGUUUAAAGACUAAAAUGGGCAUUUAGACUCCGAAAAAGGGGAUUUAGUGGCUCGCCGGUACGUGAACUGAAAAUAAAAGUUUGUGAAGUGAUGCAGAAGUUAGAGAGAAAGUAGAUUUAGAGUCUAGAGAAGUUUCUGAACUGAGAGAGACGGUGAGAUGGGUUCAGACUUUUAAACUUUAAACUGUUCUUUUCAAAAGUUUGUGAAUGGACAAAAUAGAAAGUGUGUGACGUGAUGGAGAAAGUAAAGAGGAAGUGGAUUUAGAGUCUAGAGAAGUGUGUGAUGUGAUGGAGAAGGACUGAAUAACUAAUAAGUGGAUGUAUUGCAUAAAAACCUGUUUCUGAAGUGAUAAAAAAGUUUAUAAAAGAAGAACAAAGUUCUGGUCAGAAAUCUACAAAAUCAGCUUUUACAUUAAAAGUGAACUACAUAUUUAUUUAUUACGUCUGUAUUUAUAAGUGUAGAUGUAUUCAUUUAUUUAUUUAUUAAAUGUUCAUAUUGAACAUGCUGUAAAGGUUUAUUAAUGGAUAAUAAGCUACAGGUGUGUAAAGAUGGAAAGAUGUUGGACUGAAAGAUGAAUGUGUGAAUAUUUGAGUAUUUAUCUGAUAUAAUGUGAACAGGAUGUUGUUUUAAAUGUGACUGAAAAGUGAAAACAGAGUUUUGGAGAAAUGUUUCUCAUCUGAAGUGAAAAUAAACUUUAUGAACUAAAGUGAAAA